CUAGGGUUUGAUCCAAGCUAUGGUGGAUCUACUGAGGAGCCGCUGGCUGAUGCUAGUGGCGGGCAUUUGGAUCCAGAUCACGAUGGGAUCCACCUACGUCUUUGGAUUGUACUCGGAGAGCCUCAAGCGCGAGCUGGGAUUCGAUCAAUCGCAGCUCGACACGCUAGGGUUCUUCAAGGGGAUCGGCGCCAAUGUGGGGAUUCACACAGGAUUGCUGCUCUCGCUGGCGCUGCCGCCGUGGAUUAUCCUGGCGCUGGGGGCGGGCCAAUGUUUUCUGGGCUAUUUCAUGAUCUGGCUCGCUGGAACGCACAGGAUCCGGGGCGUCCAGCUCUGGCAGAUGUGCGCCUUCAUGCUCGUCGCUGCGAAUUCGCAGACGUAUUCCAACACCGCCGUGGUCGUGACAUCUGUGACGAAUUUUCCCACCAGUCGUGGCACUGUGAUUGGCUUGAUGAAAGGAUGCUUGGGAUUGAGUGGAGCCAUUCUAACUUUCUUCUAUCGAUCGCUAUGCGGGGAAGAUGGUGGCAGCCAGAUUCACUACACGCUCUUUGCGGCGGUAGUCCCGACAGUGGUAUGUGUUUUGCUUAUGCUUCUCAUUAGGCCAGUGGCACCGUCGACCAUCACGCAUGAUCCACACGAGAACACGAACAUCUCCAGGAUCUCUGGGAUCAUCGUGGCACUCGCGUUUGGUCUCAUUCCUCUCACGCUUCUCACUCCAGUGGGCCGAGUCGCGAGGAUUUUGCUGUGCGUUCUACUGCUUCUAGCGCUCGCAUCGCCACUACUGGUGGCAUUCAAGGCAAGCAGGCUCACAAAGACGGUGGAUUCCAAAGAACAGGGACAAGAGAACGUCGCGAUACUCCUUGGAGAAUCUAGCAGCGGCGCCAACUUUCAGGAAAAGCCCGAGAACGAGAAAAGAGGAACUUUAGUUCUUCGCAGCCAAGACUUUACACUCUCACAGGCUUUUACAUCGCUCGAGUUUUGGCUACUGGUCACAGCAAUGGCCUGUGGGAUGGGAUCGGGAGCCACAGUGAUCGACAACGUGAACCAGCUUGGAUCCUCACUGGGCUACUCCACACAUAACAUAGCAGUGGUGGUGUCGCUGGUUAGCAUCUGGAACUUCCUGGGCCGGUUUGGAGCUGGAGCACUCUCGGACUUCUUCCUCAGGGUGAGGGGUGUUCCAAGGCCGGUUUUCAACUCGAUCACUCUGGGAGUCAUGGCAGCCGGGCACCUUGUACUGGCGGCAGCGUUCCCGGGUGCUUUGUACGUGGGAACUCUCCUCGUUGGGCUGUGCUACGGCUCGCAGUGGUCGCUCAUGCCAGCAACAGUGUCGGAGAUCUUCGGCAUGAAAGAGUUUGGGACGCUCUUCAACACCAUCGCCGUGGCAAGCCCACUGGGAGCUUACAUUCUCUCAGUGAGAGUGGCGGGCUACUUCUAUGACAGGGAAGCGCAGAGGCAACAAAGCCAUAGCCAUGGGAGCUCGAUCCAUUCUCUGCCAAAUUCUUGCCACGGUCCAGCAUGUUUCAGGCUCACCUUUCUCGUGCUCGCUGGAGUCUGCCUCUUGGGCUGCGUUUGUACGUCACUGCUCGUAUCAAGGACGAGGAAGUACUACAAAGAAGCUCACAAGACCCUCUACCAUAGCAAAAGCUGGCAAAAGUAAUAGUGCCAUUUGAUCAAAGUAUAAAGGUAUAAUUUCUUUUCAUA